AUGCUACUGCCGUCGUUGUCCUUGUCGAUAUUGCUCCCUCUUCUUCCCUUCGCACAUUCAUCCUUCUACGACAAUCCGGAACUCGAGAUCCCGCCCGAGUCUGGCAGUCCGCUGGAGGACUUGAAAGCGAAAUGGGACUUUGAUUGGGGUUUCUCAGGAAUAGCAACAUUCGCCCAUCUCAGACAUGUAAAAUGCUUGACCACCCCGUACGAGCCGUUUGAUAUCGGCAUCAUUGGCGCCCCCUUUGACACUGCCGUGAGUUAUCGACCUGGAGCUCGCUUUGGCCCUCGCGCCAUCCGCGCCGCCUCUUCACGCCAGACAUCCUUCCGGGGCUUCAACCAUCGUGCGCACAUAAACCCCUACACGUCCUGGCCUUUAGUACUCGAUUGUGGAGAUAUUCCCAUCACCCCCUUCGACAACGCUUUGGCCCUGCACCAAAUGUCCUCCGCUUACAUAGAACUCCUCUCUCGCCGACCACUGAGUUACAAGAACCCGGAGAGUCAUGAGCACCCCAAGCUGAUUACCCUGGGUGGAGACCACUCCAUCGCUCUUCCCGCGCUGAGGGCGCUGGAGAAGAUCUACAAGCAGCCAAUCGCCGUGUUACAUUUCGACGCCCACCUGGACACCUGGCAUCCGGGAGCCUACCCGACCAAAUGGGCGUCGACGCCCACACAGGCCGACUUCACGCACGGGACGAUGUUCUGGCUCGCAUCUCAAGAAGGACUCAUUAACAACGGGUCCUCGGUGCACGCGGGACUGCGGACGCGGCUUCUCGGCGACGACUUCCACGACUACGAGGACGACGAACGCCAGGGGUUCCUGCGCAUCGAGUCCGACGACAUCGACAGCGUCGGCGUCAAGGGCAUCAUUGACCUGAUCAUGGAGCAGAUGGGGACAUCCACACCCGUUUACUUGUCUGUAGACAUCGACGUGAUCGACCCCGGUCUGGCGCCGGGGACAGGCACACCGGAGCCAGGCGGCUGGACGACGCGCGAGCUGAUCCAGAUCCUGCGCGGCGUGGAAGGCCUGAACCUCGUGGGCGCCGACAUCGUCGAAGUCAGCCCCGCGUACGAGGCGGGGCACGGCGAAGCCACAGCGCUGGCUGGCGCACAGGUCGUGUACGAGAUCUUGACGAGCAUGGUCAAGCGCGGCUUAAAGGAUAGAGGGGAGGACGUCGUCAUUGAGAAGCCUGGCAGGAAGAUCACUCCGAAGGAAGGCUUUGUGGCAAAGGUCCAGGAGGUUUUGAGAGAUGAACUGUGA